GUAAGUUACUAAUAUUCAUAUGGUUCACACACAAUUUGUUCUUAAAAGCAUGAGCCGAAAAAAAAACAAUUUUUAUAACUCAAGUAACUAUAGCAAAAAAAAAGUUUCUGUCAGCGCUUAUAAACCUGGAACGUUUAGUUUAAUUUAAACAAUUUCUAAAAAACGUUCCGAAAAUUUGUAAUAGCAGUUACGGAGUAUAUUGAAUUUUCACUAUUGACAGUGAAUUAAGGAGAAGCGGUUUUAAGUAAUACUUUCAUAGUGGGGCGGAGUCGUUAUUUAAGUUUUGUGUGCAAAUAGACUAUUAAAGGCGUGCCCUCAAUCGUGUAUCAACGUAAGCUGUAAUAAUUGCUAUAUAUAAUUAAUACUAAUUACUUUCGAGAUAGAUUAAAUUAUUUCAAAAAACAUUCCAAGUGCAUAAUGAACGUUACAAUGUGUCCAGCCACCGCCACUGUAUAAAGUCCGUAUUGAAUAUUAAAAUGACGCGCGACUAUCGGCACUUAUGUGCUAUAGCUGCACUAUGAAAACAUACUUCAGGCUCAUGAGGCUACUGAUGAUGUUCGUGGCGAAUAAAUAAUUCUCGGUCAUCAAAACUACCGAAAAAAUUUUACCAAUUGUAUUCUGCGAUAUUUCAUUUAAUCUAUUCUUCGGUGAUGAUCUCGCUGGCAGCCGACUUACCCAUGCUGUUUCAAACAGACAGCCUGGCAGGUGAUAAAAGGUUCUGGGUUUGCCUUAUUAUUGACGCGUGUCGUUGCAGCUAUGGACAAUGUCGGCAAGUUUAUAAUCGGGGGCGUGACAAUUUGGAAAAUGAUUAUGUGUCAGUCGAAUGAUGUGGUGAAUUUGAUUCGGGUCGCGUUGCGUCAAGAUGCUGAAAUUUCGAGCCAAACUGAGCCCGGAGUAAUAAAAAUUUACAAAUGGCACGUAAGCCUCGACAACAAGUUUGUUUUUUUGCUUGUGAUCUCGGCUACUCUGAUGGGGACCACGAGCACAGUCUUGGGAGACAUCAAUUGUUUGUUUUGGACCAAGUCUACUGACAACGGCACCACCGAAAAACCGAUGCCCUUGCAUUACUGGUACCCGUUCGACAGGAAUAAGCAUUACGUCAUGGUAAUUGUGGAUCAAAAUAUUCGCCCGACGUUAGUGACGUUCUGCAUUGGCGUAGUCAGCGCGUUCGUCAACUGCGUCACGAUUUUCUUGAGGGCUCAGCUGAGGCUGCUCCAGUACCGUUUUAAAAAUUUCGAUAGAAGUUUGGACGGGGGUACCGUAACCGCUGAACACAGUUUGAGGUUCCUUUGCGCGAAACAUCAAGAAUUGAUAAGGUAUAGUGUGUCUCAAAGUAUACCGUCUUGGCUUUCGUCGAACCCUCCCCCGAAAACUAAUUACGACCCUCAUAUCUAUUGUCACUGGGUAAACCAAACUAACCAAAUCAAAAAUAACUCAUUCGUAGCUAAUGGACAAGACAAGUCAGGAAGAUGUCGACCACGUGUCGGCUGAUAUCAGUGGCAGUUUAGAAUAACCUAUUUCACAUUAUCACAUUUAGUUGGAUGUACAACAAAUGUUCUUUGAGAAAGUUGAUUUCACGAAACUAUUGGCCGAUUAAAGGAAAGGUUGUAUUGUGCGCCAGCCUUAUAGUUCUUUUUAUCGCAUUGUUCUAUUCAUGUUUUUUUAAAAACAACUGUCUUAUUUUUCUGUUAAGGUUAAGUUUCACAAAAUCCGUGGAAGAAUUUUUAAUUCAUCCUGUAUCAUUUAAACAAAUUUAGCUAACAGUGUCAUCCUGCAGAAUCAGUUUUUCGCUAGCGCCCCGUUUAAUAAACGGAAAACAUAAAUACGAUGGUCGUUGCUUUAUUUUAUUAAAUUCGUUUCGAUAUUCUUACUAACGGAUCUUAUUGUCCAAAUUCUACGUCAUCUAUGGGACGCAACCGUAAAUCAGCUCCUACAGCUUCUUCUAUAUUAGAAUCAGUGAAAAACAUCUGUUACCCCUCAGGACUCUAAAAUUCCUUGUUCCUACGGACUCAGCUCCAUAAACCAGAAUCACCCCUUUGACCUAUUGUUAGCACCACUGGUUCUCCAACCGAUUCUCUAUUAAAAUAUCUAGUGUCUGUAAUAAACAAUAUUUACAAGGAAAACUGAUAGUUUCGUACUUCUUUCACUUCAUUGAAGAAUUAAAAACCAUUAUAUUCGAUCCAAACGGUAUUCUGGUUACUUUAGUAAAAGUAUGUUCCUACAAUACCAAUUUAUCAAUUGUUUUAUUGCCGUCGGCAGAUUAUUUUCAUAAUUGCCAUGAAAAUCCAAGACAAUAUACAUUGAAACAAAAUAAUAAAGUUUCAAAUUAUUCAUACAUUUGGAUUAUUUCCUUUAGAUACAUAAGGCAGUUCAACGAGUCCCUAAAAAAUAUAAUUUUCCUGGAAUAUAUGAUUUCGUCGGUUUUGUUCGCCGUCCUGAUUAUCCAAAUAACCACGGUAAAUAAAAAACAAAUAGAUUAAACUUGGAAUUAUUUGAGCAAACAUUCCGUAGGGAAAUCAGCUUAUCACGAACUCCAUAAUCAUAUCGUUCACCACUCUACAGCUGCUUACAUUCGCGUGGACUUCCAACGAGAUCAUCCUUCAG